AUGGAAGUGAUGGAAAUCGCUGGAAAAGAUCCACUAAGAGCUCCAAUAUCUCUUGCUCUAAAUGAGGUGUAUGCGAACUCGAUCGAGUCGGUCUACAGAGACUUGGUCGAGCUAGACUUUACAACGGGUAGAAAGAGGGUUCAGAGGUCACAGAGGGUACAAGAGGAACCUGAGGUGCUUGUUGCUGAUACAAUGGAUGUACCAGAGGGGAAUGGAAACCCUUUGGGCAAUGGACUCGGUCGAGCUAGGCAAACUCGACCGAUUGGUCAAGGAGAUGCUCCAAACCGCCACCAACAGAGACAAGGGAUUGUUCCACCACCAGUGCAGAACCACAACUUUGAGAUCAAGCUGGGAAUGAUCAACCUUAUCAAUGGUGUCUCUGAAGAUGCCAUCAAGCUGAGACUCUUUCCUAUGUCUCUAGCUGACAAAGCUCACCAAUGGGAGAAGAGCUUGCCCCAUGGCACAAUCACCACUUGGGAUGAAUGCAAGAAGGCCUUUCUUGCUAAGUUUUUCUCCACCGGUCGCACAGCCAAGCUUAGAGGAGAGAUAUCCAGCUUCAUCCAGCGAAACAAUGAGACAUUCGCAGAGGCUUGGGAGAGGUUCAAAGGCUACACAAGUCAGUGCCCACACCAUGGAUUCAACAAUGAAUCACUACUCUCCACUCUUUAUAGAGGAUGCUUGCCUAGGUAUAGGGAGAUGCUAGACACAGCUAGCAAUGGGAACUUCCUCAACCAGGAUGUAGAUGAUGGCUGGCAACUUGUGGAGAACAUAGCUAACUCAAAUGGAAGCUAUGGAGAAGAGUAUGAUCGCACCAAUCGGAGCUCGACCCACCACUCGAUCGAGUCAGACGAAAAGUUGAGAAAAGAUGUUAAGGCAUUGAAUGAGAAGUUGGAUAAGCUGAUCCUAGCUCAGUCCACAAUGAAGAAAGUCAACUUUGUGUCUGCUGAGGAGAUGGAACCAGUCCAAGAAGGGGAGGAUACACAAUUUGCUGAGGUGUGCUACAUGAGCAAUGGGCAAGGAGGUUACAACAAAGGAUACUAUAAUUACAAGUCCAACCCUGCCAUGUCAUACCGCAACACUGAUGUUGCUAACCCUCAGGACCAAGUCUAUCCUCAACAACAAGCAGCUCGAUCGAGUCAAGCCACAACAUGGAAGCUAGCUGAAAUAAACUCCAAGAUCGAGAAUCUCAACACAAGGGUUUACUCUCUGGAGAAUCAUGCUUCUUCUGUUGCUGCUGCUACAAAGCAAGGACAACUACCUGGUAAAGCUAUUCAGAACCCCAAGGAACAGUGCAAGGUCAUCUUCACUCAAGAAGGACUUGUUGAAGAAGAGGAUCAAGAAAGGGUCAUUGAAGAUUUUUGUUUACUGCUGAAUGAUGAAGAGAUUGUUGCUGCUGAGGCUCCUGGAGUCCAGAUUGAUCAACCAGAAGUGCAGGCACCUACUGUGGCCAUUCACACUUCACCAGUUGAGCUCGCACAACAAGCUCGAUCGGCAGCUCGAUCGAGUCGAACUCUAGCUCGAUCGAGUCCGACCUCUUCUGUCCAAACCAUUUUGCUUGAUCCUUACCAACCGGUUGCCGCUUCCUCGUCUCGCCUACUUAGUCAAGGUCACAAGGAAGUGAUUCACAAGUUCAGAAGAGAUCUCAGUGGGAUUGGAAUUGAGUUGCCUCCUAUGGAUAGCAUGAGUGAGGCAUUUGAUCAAAUGCAAAUGGUCAAGGAUGUUCUAGCCAACAGUGAUAAAGUUUCAGAGGUCCUGAAGAGUCUACUCAUCAGUUCAACCUGCUUACUUCACCCACCUUCCUACCAAAGGUCAAGGAUCAAGGGAAAUUCACUCUCCCUUGCACACUUGGGCAUCUUGAGCUUGACAAUGCCUUAG